GACGCGGACCAAUGGGAGGAGGGGACGGCGCCGAUGCGCGCUGGGAAAUCCAAAGCGCGCGUUCCAAGGUUACCCCAAAACUCUCUCUCUCUGCUGUGUAGUUACCCCUCUCUGCUGUGUAGUUACCCCUCUCUGCUGUGUGGUUACCCCAAACUCUCUCUCGUGCUGUGUGGUUACCCCUCUAACUCUGUGUAGUUACCCCUCUACCUAUAUGUAGUUACCCCUCCUGUGUAGUUACCUCUCUCUGCUGUGUAGUUACCCUUCCUGUGUAGUUACCUCUCUGCUGUGUGGUUACCUCUCUCUGCUGUGUAGUUACCCCUCUAACUGUGUAGUUACCCCUCCUGGUUAAGUUACCCCACCACCCCUGGUGUAGUUACCCCACCACCCCUGGUGUAGUUACUCCACUCCUGGUGUAGUUACCCCACCUGCUGUGUAGCUACCCCUCUAACCCUCCUGUGUAGUUACCCCUCUCUGCUGUGUAGUUACCCCACUCCUGGUGUAGUUACCCCACCUGCUGUGUAGCUACCCCUCUAACCCUCCUGUGUAGUUACCCCUCUCUGCUGUGUAGUUACCCCACUCCUGGUGUAGUUACCCCACCUGCUGUGUAGCUACCCCUCUAACCCUCCUGUGUAGUUACCCCUCUCUGCUGUGUAGUUACCCCACCACCCCUGGUGUAGUUACUCCACUCCUGGUGUAGUUACCCCACCUGCUGUGUAGUUACCCCUCUAACCCUCCUGUGUAGUUACCCCACUCCUGUGUAGUUACCCCGAGUGACUUGGAGUAAUCGCGGCUCGCCGCUGCCAUGGGGUCGACCCGACACGUGGCCGUGGCGGUGUCUGGAGGGGUGGACAGCGCCGUGGCAGCCCUGCUCAUGAAGAGACGCGGUCACCGCGUGACCGGGGUGUUCAUGAGGAACUGGGAGCGGGCGGACGAGGAGGCGGCUGGGUCCUGCUCCGGGGACCGUGACCGUGACGACGCACGCCGCGUGUGCGACCAGCUCGACGUGCCCUUCCGGGAGGUCAGCUUCGUCAAGGAGUACUGGCACGACGUGUUCAGUGCGAUGCUGAGAGGCUACGAGGGAGGAAGGACCCCCAACCCGGACAUCCUGUGCAACCGGCACAUCAAGUUCCACCACCUGCUGCAGUUCGCAAUGGAGCGACUCGGCGCGGACGCGGUGGCGACGGGCCACUACGCACGCACCUCGCUGCAGGAGGAGGCGGUGCUGGGCCAGACGUACGGCGCCGGCGGGGACCCGCCACACGGUGUGCGGUUGCUCGUCUCCGCGGACCCCGCGAAGGACCAGACCUUCUUCCUCAGCCAGGUGCCGGCGAGCGCCCUGCGCCACGCGCUCUUCCCCGUGGGCGGCCUGCCCAAGGCCCUCGUCAGGCGAGUGGCCGCCCAGGCCGGCCUCAACCACGUCCUGCAGCGCAGAGAGAGCGUCGGGAUGUGCUUCAUCGGGAAGAGGAAGUUCGAGAACUUCCUGCUGGAGUACCUGGAGCCCCGUCCCGGGAACUUUGUGUCGCUCGAGGACGGUCGCGUCUUGGGGCAACACAAAGGCGCGUUCCUGCUGACGGUCGGGCAGCGCGCGCGGAUCGGGGGGCUGCGCUCGGCGUGGUUCGUGGUGGAGAAGGACGUCGAUACGGGCGACGUGCUCGUGGCUCCGUCCAACGAGCACCCAGCACUGCAGCGCAGCACCCUGAGCACAGGACGUGUCCACUGGAUGUGGGGGGCGCCCCCCACGGAGCUCGCGAGGAGCGGGAGGAUGGAGGUGCUCGCUCGGUUCCACCACCAGAUGCCACUCAAGCGCUGCACCCUGAGGCUCGAGCCGGACGGCUCCGCGUGGGUCGCGUUCGCCCAGCCAGUACGCGCCCCGCCCCUCGGACAGUUUGCCGUGUUCUACCAUGGCGAUGAGUGUCUGGGCAGCGGAGAGAUUGUGCACGUGGGCCCCUCCGUCUACUCCUUGCGGCGGGGAGGGGGGGACCCCCCCCGGCACUGGGACCCCCCCACGGACACCGACCCCACGCACGCGCAAGCAGCCACCCUGCGCCUGGGAACCCCCUAGGCCCGCUCGGCCUGAAAUGAGUUGCCGGGAGAGAGGUAGAAAUAGACGCGUGUCCGGUACCCGGAACGCCGCGCCGCCGCCACCACCACAAUCGAGACGUUUCCAUCGCAAGGAAUUUUUGAAGUGAAAUAUUUUGUUUUAAAAAUAAAAGAACACGUGUAUAUAAAAUGUCUAGAUUUGAAGCUUUCGUGACAGCAAGGAUUCAUACUCUUAGUUCUUUCGGUAAAGUCACGUAGGUAAAAAAUUAAUAAAUUAUUGUUUUAUUUUUAUAAAUUUUUAUUUCAUUUUUUACCUACGUGACGUUACCGAAAGAACUAAGAGUAUAUAAAAUGUACCAAUCAAAUCCGUUGCGCGAGUAACGAUCCACCGCCACCAUCGCUUCCACGCGGACUCCUCCGCUCACGCACACUCGGUGGCGCAAACGCGCUUUGCCCCGACGCACCUGGCACGCCACGCUCGCCGUGUGGACCGAGUCGUCCUCACCGGCGCUCGGCGGCAGAGGUUACAACCGGGUACCCGAU